AUUUAAGGAGGGGAGCCGCCGCCGCUCUGUGCAAGCCUGAGGGGGGCGGGGGACGGCUACCGAUCGCGGCUCGCGAGGCACCUACCGCGGAGGUUACGGAAUCCGAUCCCCGGCCUUGAGAAUCGUAGCUGCGAGGAUCCUUUUGCCUCAGUUCUGCUGCGGAGCUGUUUCGACUUCCGAUUGGAGGCGUGCGGGGUUCGGGUAUUUGAGCAAUGGCUUUCACUAGUAGAAUUGGAAAUGCGCUUAGGAAAACUUCGGCGCCCUCGAAUUCGCCUCUGCUUCAGGCAAUAAGAUGCAUGUCUUCUUCAAAGCUUUUCGUUGGAGGACUUUCAUAUGCCAUCGAUGACACCACCCUGAAGAAUGUCUUUUCUCACUACGGGGAUGUCCUUGAAGCUCGAAUCAUCAUUGACCGGGAAUCUGGGAGGUCAAGGGGAUUUGGAUUUAUAACUUACUCAUCCAGCGAAGAAGCCGCAGCUGCAAUUACUGCCAUGGAUGGCAAGGAACUUCAAGGACGAACUGUAAUGGUGGACCAUGCCAAUGACCGUGCUGGUGGAAUACGUGGAGGUGGUGGAUUCGCCGCUGGUGGUUAUGGCGGUGGCAGUGGAUAUGCUACUGGUGGAUAUGGCAGUACCGGUGGAUAUGGUAGUGGUGGGUAUAACAGUGGCGGUGGAUAUGGUGCUGGCGGGUAUGACAGUAGCAGUGGCGGACAUGCCGGCGGCAAUGGGGGUUACAGUGAUGGAGCUACCGGUGGUGGUUAUGCUAGCAUCUACAACAAUGCUUCUGGUAGCGGAUGUGCCGAUGGCAAUGGUGGUUACAGUGGUGGAGCUACCUGUGGUGUUUAUGCUAGCAACAACGACAAUGCUUCCGGUGGUAAAUAUGCCGGCAGCAAUGAUGGUUACAGUGAUGGAGCUACCGGUGGUGGUUAUGCUAGCAACUACAACAAUGCUUCUGGUGGCAGAUACGGAAGCCGUGGAAGCUACAAUACCGCUGGCAAUUCUGAUGGAAACGCUGGUGGGUAUAAUUCUCCCAACACCUAUGGUGCAGGGAAGUACAAUUCUGGAGCUGCCGGUGGUGGUGGAACCCUUGGUGAAUUUGGUGGCGGCUUCAGCGGUGGAGGUUUCGGUGCUGCUGGUCGCAGCAACGGCAACAACUUUGCUGGAAAAGGGACCGGUGGCUGCUACAGUAGUAGCAGAGGCGCCGGAGGAUUGUCUGGCGGGCACGCCAUGAGCUAUGGGGCUGACAAGGUGCAGUACAAUGGCCAAGACGACCUGCUGGGUGAGGACUUCUUCGACAAGGAAGAAGCAGCAGUGAAUAGAUGAGAUUGCUGCAUGCUUGCAUCUCUUGCACGUUGCUGCUAAUCUUUUUUAAUCCAAGCAAAUGAAAACUUUAUUUGAGCUUAGGAUAUACACUGUACAUUCGGCCCAUUAGGGCCUUUUUUUUUCAGUCCAUCAGUUUUUUAG